AUGCUGCAUAUUCUCUCAACCUUCCUCGCCUCUUUCAUUACCCUAGCAAUUACCGGAAGCUGUCCUCCCGGUGCCGUUGAAUACAACGAGGGCGAAGAAUGCCUCCUCGGCAUCAAUGCACCCACCAACUACUGGGGAGCCGCGUCGACAUGCGAGAUGCUGGGCGGACGUCUCGUGCAGCCGACGAGUGCCCUCGAAAAUAUUUUGGCCGGCUCCCAGGGAAUUCAGACCCUCAACGGGCAAUCAGCGUACAUCGGCGUCGCGCGUAACAAUGGCGUCUGGCGCUACUCCGACGGAACCCCGCUCGUUUAUCAGAACUGGAAAAAUGGAACCGGACACCCCGGUGAGGACUGUGCGGCGUUCGGCGCAAGCGACCUGUCAUGGUACCCCGGCACCUGUGCCACUUUUCAUCCCUUCAUCUGCUCCUUUUCGAACCAACUGACCAACGGUUGCCCGGCUGGCUGGAAAUACUACAGAUUCACCGAUUCCUGUUACCACGCGUCGGCAUGGAACUUUGCGGACCCGGCCCUGCUGCCCCUGAGCGUUGGCGUCACGCGGUGCCGCAAUGUUGGAGCGGACCUUGUGUCAAUCCACAGCGAAAGGGAGAAUCAUUUUGUCCAUGAGCUGGCGUGGACGGUGCGCGAGAACUGGAACGUGACGCGUUGCACCGCGGCUUCGUCGAAUAUGUUCGUGAUCGGGCUAGCCUUCAAUGGACGGGACACGGAAGUACCUGAAUGGACGGACGGCACAGCUUACGACUAUACCGCCGUUGACCGCGCUGGACUGGCUUCAUACGGUGUCUACAACGAUCCGAUUUGUAGCAGCACGCGCAGUUGCGUCUCGGUCCUCUGCGCCGUCGCGUUUACCGUCGCUUCCGCAGGCAAUUGCCCGUCAGGAUCGUUCGACUACAGCGAUGGCCGUGAAUGUCUCGUUGGCAUCAAUGCUGACGCCGAAUACUCAGUGGCGCUUCAGACGUGCAAAUUGAUCGAUGGCCGCCUCGUCCAGCCGAGAAACGCCCUCGAGAACGCGAUGGCCGGCUUUGAAAAUAUUCAAACCCUUAAGGGCCAGGCGGGCUACAUCGGCGUCGCACGGGUUAAUGGCACUUGGGGAUACGCGGACGGAACCUCGCUGGCAUACCAGAAUUGGAAGAACGGAACCGGCUCUGUCGGCCAAGAUUGUGCGGGAUUCCGCGGUAGCGACCUCAGCUGGUACCCAGUCGCCUGCAGCACCAGACAGCCCUUCAUCUGCUCUUUCUCUUAUCCGCUGGUGAACAACAACUGCCCCGCCGGCUGGAGCUUCUACCAGGCCACCGGGUACUGCUACUACGCGCCGGCAUGGAACUUCGCAGAUCCUGACAGCUACACGAUUGAUCAGGGCGAAUCGAUGUGCCGCGGUAUGGGAGGAAACCUCGUGUCGAUUCACAGCAACCUGGAGAAUCGCUUCGUCUUUAACCUGAUCGCUUCGGUGCGCCAAAACUGGAAUAUAACAAGCUGCCCGAUCUCUCCCGUCAACUACAGCUGCCCGAACGGCUGGACAAGAUAUGAAAAUUAUUGCUAUUACACACCUUCGGCGUCCAACUGGGGCCCGCAACCCCCCAACAUAACAUUUGCAUCCGGAGAAGCCUUGUGCGUACAAAACCAAGCCCAUCUGGUAUCGAUCCACAGCGAAGCCGAGAACAAUUUUGUCAAUGGUCUUUACGCCGACGCCAUUGGCAAUUACACGUCCGGCUGCUCGAUCCGGCUCGAAGGCGUCAUUGGGUUAAGCGGCGGAACCUGGACUGAUGGUACCCCAGUAGAUUUCACGAAUGGCGGAGACCUCUUCCCACCCGGCUGUAAGAGCGUAGCCUGGGAUGGAUGGAACUUGGACGAGGUCUACGCGAGCUUCAUCUGCAAGAGGCCCGCAAACCAA